GCAAUUUUUUUGGUCGGAUUGUAUUCUUUCCCUUCCUCUCUCUCUCGCUCUCUAUGGUGAAUCUCUUAAUCGGAGGAGAUUGAAUUGGUUGGAAUCGUUGGAGAUGGAAUCGAAGGAGAUUGGAAUCGAAAGCUACGAGACGAGCAGAGAGGCCAACACUAUAAAAAGCAGGCUUUGAUCUCACUACCUCCACCGUCGAAACCUGAUCCCUCCAUUGCUGCUCUUGCUCAAGCUUACGCUCCUGGUCAGGAUGCAUCAUGGAAGAGUAUCAACAUGCGUUCCAUGAUCAAAUUGGUGUUGUUUGCGUUGUUGGUUCUUUCUUUUCACUCUCAAUCUUUGUCAAAGCAACAUCCUACUAUUGAGAGUCGGCUUUACCGUUUAGAUUAUCUAUGACCAAUUCGGCCUGUACAAGAAUCAGCAGCUAAGGGUCUAUUGCAAAGACUGCUUCCCACACAUUUUCGUAGCUUUGAUUUCAGAAUUAUCUCAAAGAACGUUGCGGAUCAAAGAUCUUACAGUGGCGUGAUGGAUGAUUCUUUUGGCAAACCUGGGAGAGUUAUGUUGCAAGUUGCGAUUCUCGUUAGCAACAUUGGUGUUCUAAUCGUCUAUAUGAUCAUCAUUGGUGAUGUUUUGGCUGGGAAAGAAGAAUAUGGAAUCCACCAUGCUUGUAUGCUUGAAGGAUGGUUUGGUAUCAGUUGGUGGAACAGGAGAACUUUUGUUCUUCUCAUUACCACUCUCACUGUGUUUGCUCCCUUGACUUGCUUCAAGCGUAUUCAUUCUUUGAGAAUCACAUAUGUUAUAUCAGUUGCUCUAGCUGUUGUCUUUCUUCUCAUCACUGCGGGGAUUCCUAUCAUAAAGCUGUUUACUGAUGGUUUGAUGAUGCCAAGACUUCUGCCUAUUAGCCAUAUCAUCCUUCUGACUACAUUUGUCUGCUGUCUUCUUUACUUUGUAAGUUGUUGUCUUGAACAAAGCUGGGCAAGUUGAUACACAAUAAGCUUCA